AUGGAGUCGCCGUUUGUCAGUGCCAUCGUUUUGGUUGCGUUAGUAUUCUGGUUUCGUCGUUUUAUUCAUGUUGGUGGGUUGUCUUUGUCGUUGUUUCAUGGAGUGGUGUUAUCUUUGGCGCUGCCAUUUCAUGGGUGGUCGAUUGGUAUCGCCAUUGUCUACUAUAGUGCUUGUGCUAGUAUUUAUGUCUUGUUUAUGGUUUGUAUAUUUCUUUGGUUGAUAGCAAGUUUCAAUUUCAUGAAUAGCAUGGCUGACGGUGAAUUUCUUCGAC